UAGAUCUUUAAAAAUAAAUCAAACAUGGCAAUAUUUGACCGUUGUAUAUGAUAAUGUCGAUGACACCCUUCGAUCCUGACUCAUUGGAUGAAUCACUCCUCUUGUUCCUUCUUCAAAACGAUAACAAUAAUGACCUGAACUCGGGAGCGGAGGUGACCUUACCACAAACGAACGAAGACUUUAUGGUUCGCAUCGAUGUCCAACACUUCCGACCAGAAGAACUCAAAGUGCGGCUGUUAGACGGCUACCUAGUGAUCGAGGGGCGGCACGACGAGAAGGUGGACGAGCACGGGACCAUCUCCAGGCAGUUCGUACGCAAGUACAAGUUACCAGAACAUGUCGACCCAAAAGAAUUCAGCUCCACUGUAUCUUCCGACGGCGUUCUGACGGUCGUAUCGAAGACGAAGAGCAAUAUCAGCGGACAGUUAGAACGGAAGGAUUCGGCGUUCUUAACGGAAGGACAAGAUUCAAUAGAAGACGCUAGUCAGGUCUUCAAUUAGAGACAGGUUGCCUGAUUUGUGACAUUUUUCAAGGAAAGAAACAAGUAGUAAUCGGAUGGGGCAAGGUUUGGGGAGUACAGAGGAUGAGGUAGAAAGUCCCACUCCAACUGUAUGAUUGAAUGAAAAAAAAAGUUGAGGAUGAAGACCAGACGAGGAACAA